UCCAUUUAAAACCUUGUCCUACAACGACGUUGUGUAAAAGCGCGGCCUUAACGCUGAUUCUUCUUUUGUCCUUACUCCUUGUCCUUGCCGAUUACCAGAACUGCCUUUACGCGCCCUGUAAAUUAACAAAGUGUCACAAAAUUUUCGUUUGAUUGCCGAAUUUGAUGGUAUCAGUGAUCUUCCAAACAGGUUUUACAUUUAAAUUUCACCUUUGUUAUUGUUGUCCAAGUUUUCAUUGUUGAAUUUUAUACGUGAUAAAAGAACGUGAUAUGCAUGUUGAAAAGAACACUAUUUGUGAAACAGUUAAGGAAUUCGUAGCUGGACGCCGUUAAGCGUGCGAUAAAUGUUCAAAGGGCAUUGUUGUUAUAUCAGAUAUAUCACUUUGAUAUUGAAUGCAUCGACGUUAACGACAUUCUUUUGUCAAUACUAGACUAUAUUUUCGACACAUUUUUGACGCUUAUUAACUAACUUUGUUAUAGAAAGGUGACAAAUAAACAUUAUGAGUGAAGGUUGCGGCAAUCCUGAUAACUCAAUGGAAACUGAACAAGUUGCAGAAAAUGGCCCUUCUACUCAAUCUUCAACGCAGCCAGAUACCCAAAACGUUGAUUCACAAUGCUUUACUCAAUCACAGGACACAGUUGUGGCUUAUGAAUCUGUACCACGGAUUUGGGGAAGGUUGUGUCCCCAUGAUAGUAAUUUACAGACUGUAGUAUUGACAAAAGACCAGUAUACAUUUGGUCGGCUUGCAGACUGUGACAUUUGCGUGAAAAAUAAGUUAGCGCCAAAACGAGAGCAAGUAAUUAGUAAAUUGCAUUUUAGAAUUUAUAGAGAAAAGAUAGUCACUUCUAAUGGAAUUGAGGAUGAUGUUGUAUAUUUGAAAGAUGAAAGCCAGAAUGGAACAUUUGUUAACAAUAUUUCAGUUGGUAGAGGUAGAAGUAUCAUACUUGUAAACAAUGAUUUAAUUGCAGUUGCAAAACCUCAUUUAAAAGUAUUUGUGUAUAUGAGCACCAGUGGCUAUGACGAUUCAUUUCUGCCAGAGCAAUUGAAAGGUAAAUAUGCUGUUUCAAGAACACUUGGUGCUGGAGCAUGUGGAGAAGUAAAAUUAUGCUUUUCAAAAACCGAGUUAGCUGGUAAAAAAUUUGCAAUGAAAAUUAUAUCAAAAUCUAAUAUGACAAUUACUGCUCCAAAAAACCGCAUUAAUGAUGACAAACAGAUUAUAAAUGAAGUUGAGAUAUGCAAAAAAUUGAAACACCCAUGCAUAAUAAAAGUUGAAGAUUUUUAUGAAAGUCCACAAAAAGUUUAUAUAAUUUUGGAAUUAAUGGAAGGUGGGGAGCUGUUUGAAAGAAUAAGAAAAAGUAAUGGCCUAUCAGAAAAGCUAGCAAAGUUCAUCUUUUAUCAAAUAGUUUUGGCUGUUAGCUAUCUGCAUGAAAAUGGAAUUACCCAUAGAGAUUUGAAGCCAGAAAAUAUUCUCCUAGCUACUCACGAUGAAGAAACUAUAGUAAAAGUUUCUGACUUUGGCUUAUCAAAAUUAGUAGAUUCCCAUACCAUGAUGAAAACUUUUUGUGGAACACCUAUGUAUGUUGCCCCUGAAAUUUUGCUCACUGGUGGUAGAGGAGCUUACACCAGUCAAGUGGAUAUUUGGAGCUUGGGAGUUAUCUUAUACUGCUCUUUAAGUGGAUUGACACCUUUUAGGAUUCAUGAUAGACAAAAUCCAUUAGCAGAUCAAAUAAUUAAGGGAAUGUAUAAUUUUAACAUGCCAAAAUUUAAUCGUAUAUCACCGACUGCCAAAGAUUUGAUAACAAAAAUGAUGACAGUGGAUCCCAAAAAGCGUAUUACCAUUAAAAACGUUCUGCAACAUCCUUGGCUAAAUGAUAGUGAGAUGUUGACCAAGGUACAGAAGCUGUUAAAUCUACCUAAUGAUGAAAAUAUAUUAAGGAGACCAUUAAAUGACAACAUAAUUGCAAACGCAAAAAACAAACGUGCUCGAUUAGAGUAGAACACAUUUUAUUGUUUUUAUAUAAAAUUAUUAAAACUUUUUGUACAAGUUUAGAACAUUAUGAAGUGUUCAAUAUAUUUAUUUAUUAAAAAAUGUUGCGUACGCUUUGUAAACAAGUGUUUAUACAGUAUACAGUGAAAUAUUUUCAUUUUGUUUAUACAUGAAAAAUAUUGAAAAUAGAUUGUGCAUAGAUUUUUACUUCUAUUUUUGAUAGCAGUGUUUAAUACUCAAUGUCAGUGUUACGUGAUCAUUUGUUAUAUACGUUAUAUGUAUUAUAAUUAAGAAUAGUCGCUAUUUUUUCAAAAUUAUGGUACAAAUUUAUGUGUAUAAGUUGAUGAUAGUUGUAAAGUAUACACGUCAUUAGAAAAUUAAUAAACACACUAUUUUAUUUGUCAUCGCGAAUUUUUAUUGAAAGAAACACAUUUUUUUAAAUA